CGUCAGGUGUCUCCGGCAGUUCCUCGCGCGUGGUGUUUGCGCGCGGCAGGGUGACGUCGGGUGACGGUUCACGGACGGGAGCCGGUUCCGGGCAGGUGGGCGGGGAAGAUGGCGGACCACAUCCCGCUGCACCCGGUGCCGCGCAGCACCCAGCGCCGGGCGGCCUAUUACACCAGCGUCCCCGCCGCGCAGAGGCACAACAGCAGGUACCAAGUGGAAGAUGAAUCCUCCCAUUUGGAUGAAAUGCCACUAAUGAUGUCGGAAGAAGGCUUUGAAAAUGAUGAAAGUGAUUACCAUACUUUACCAAGAGCCAGAGUUUCUCACAGAAAGAGAGGCCUAGAAUGGUUUAUCUGUGGUGGAUGGAAAUUCCUUUGUGCCAGUUGCUGUGACUGGCUCAUAAACAUUUGCCGAAGAAAGAAAGAGCUAAAAGCUCGUACAGUAUGGCUUGGAUGUCCUGAAAAAUGUGAAGAAAAAUAUCCAAGAAAUGCUAUAAAAAAUCAAAAAUACAAUUUCUUUACAUUUAUACCUGGGGUUUUAUAUGAACAGUUCAAGUUUUUCUUGAAUCUCUAUUUUCUCGUCGUGUCCUGCUCACAGUUUGUACCAGCAUUGAAAAUAGGCUACCUGUACACCUACUGGGCUCCUCUGGGAUUUGUUUUGGCUGUCACAAUGGUGCGUGAGGCAGUUGAUGAAUUUCGACGCUAUCAGCGAGACAAGGAAAUGAACUCUCAGUUAUAUAGCAAGCUUACAGUACGAGGUAAAGUGCAAGUUAAGAGUUCAGACAUACAAGUUGGAGACCUCAUCAUAGUGGAAAAGAAUCAACGAAUCCCAUCUGACAUGGUAUUUCUCAGAACUUCAGAGAAAACUGGUUCGUGUUUUAUUCGAACUGAUCAGCUAGAUGGUGAAACAGACUGGAAGCUAAAAGUUGCUGUCAGCUGCACUCAGAGGUUACCAGCUUUGGGGGAUCUUUUUUCAAUCAGUGCUUAUGUUUAUGCUCAGAAGCCACAAUUGGAUAUUCACAGUUUUGAAGGUACCUUCACACGGGAAGACAGUGAUCCAACUGUUCACGAAAGCCUCAGCAUAGAAAAUACACUAUGGGCAAGCACUGUUGUUGCUUCAGGAACAGUAAUUGGUGUUGUCAUAUACACUGGAAAAGAGACUCGAAGUGUAAUGAACACAUCUAAUCCAAAGAACAAGGUUGGUUUACUGGAUCUUGAACUGAAUCAACUGACCAAAGCCCUGUUUUUGGCUCUAGUUGCCCUUUCAAUUGUUAUGGUAACCUUGCAAGGAUUUGUAGGCCCAUGGUACCGCAACCUUUUUCGGUUCCUCCUCCUGUUUUCCUAUAUCAUCCCUAUCAGUUUACGUGUGAAUUUGGACAUGGGCAAAGCAGCCUAUGGAUGGAUGAUUAUGAAGGAUGACAAUAUUCCUGGAACCGUUGUACGAACCAGCACCAUACCAGAGGAGUUGGGGCGUUUAGUAUAUUUACUAACGGAUAAAACAGGAACACUUACUCAGAAUGAGAUGAUAUUUAAGCGCCUCCAUCUGGGUACUGUGUCUUAUGGGACAGACACAAUGGAUGAAAUUCAGAAUCACAUUAUCAAUUCGUAUUCACAGAUGCAUUCCCAAUCUAGUGGAAACAGUACCAGCUCGACACCUUCCAGAAAAGUGCAGUCUUCAGCACCCAAGGUCCGCAAGACUGUCAGCAGUCGGAUACAUGAAGCAGUGAAAGCUAUUGCUUUGUGUCAUAAUGUCACCCCAGUAUAUGAAUCCCAUGCUGGAGUGAAUGGAGAAACAGAAUAUGCAGAAGUGGAUCAGAACUUCAGUGAUGAAAAUCGAACUUACCAGGCUUCUAGUCCUGAUGAGGUAGCGCUGGUACAAUGGACAGAGAGUGUUGGUCUUACUCUGGUUAACAGGGAUCUGACCUCAAUGCAACUGAAGAGUCCAGGAGGACAAAUUCUGACGUAUUAUAUUCUUCAAGUUUUCCCCUUCACAUCUGAGAGCAAACGCAUGGGAAUCAUAGUCCGGGAUGAAUCUACUGGAGAAAUCACCUUUUAUAUGAAAGGUGCAGAUGUCGCAAUGUCCACCAUUGUACAGUACAAUGACUGGUUAGAAGAAGAGUGUGGCAACAUGGCACGAGAAGGAUUGCGCACUCUGGUGGUUGCCAAGAAGUCAUUAACAGAAGAGCAGUACCAAGAUUUUGAGAAUCGCUAUAACCAAGCAAAGUUAAGCAUACAUGAUAGAGCCCUCAAGGUGGCUGCUGUUGUGGAGAGUUUGGAGAGAGAAAUGGAAUUGCUGUGCCUCACUGGAGUAGAGGAUCAACUACAAGCUGAUGUUAGACCAACUCUGGAGAUGCUAAGAAAUGCUGGAAUAAAGAUAUGGAUGUUAACAGGAGAUAAACUGGAGACAGCUACUUGUAUUGCAAAAAGUUCCCACUUAGUAUCUAGAACUCAAGAUAUUCAUAUUUUCAGACCUGUAAUCAGUCGAGGAGAAGCUCACUUAGAACUUAAUGCUUUUAGAAGGAAGCACGACUGUGCCUUGGUGAUAUCUGGGGACUCUCUAGAGGUUUGUCUGAAGUACUAUGAGCAUGAAUUUGUAGAGUUGGCAUGCCAGUGCCCUGCUGUAGUUUGUUGCCGAUGUUCACCCACCCAGAAAGCUCAUAUUGUGAAACUGUUACAACACCAUACUGGAAAACGUACUUGUGCAAUAGGUGACGGAGGAAAUGAUGUCAGCAUGAUCCAAGCAGCAGACUGUGGAAUUGGAAUCGAAGGCAAGGAGGGAAAACAAGCUUCCCUGGCAGCUGACUUUUCUAUCACACAAUUUAAACACAUAGGCAGGCUGCUGAUGGUUCAUGGUCGAAACAGUUACAAAAGAUCAGCAGCACUUGGUCAAUUUGUCAUGCACAGGGGCCUUAUUAUUUCAACUAUGCAGGCUGUAUUUUCUUCAGUCUUCUAUUUUGCUUCUAUCCCUUUGUACCAGGGAUUCCUAAUGGUAGGGUAUGCAACCAUAUACACUAUGUUUCCAGUCUUCUCUUUAGUGUUGGAUCAGGAUGUGAAGCCAGAAAUGGCAUUGCUAUAUCCAGAACUUUAUAAGGACCUCACCAAGGGAAGAUCUUUGUCGUUUAAAACCUUCUUCAUCUGGGUUUUAAUCAGUAUAUACCAAGGUGGCAUUCUGAUGUAUGGAGCCCUUCUCCUUUUUGAAUCUGAGUUUGUACAUGUUGUUGCAAUUUCGUUUACUGCCCUAAUCUUGACUGAACUCUUGAUGGUUGCACUGACCAUACGAACGUGGCACUGGUUAAUGGUGGUGGCUGAAUUCUUCAGUCUUGGCUGCUAUGUGGCCUCUCUUGCAUUUCUAAAUGAAUAUUUUGGUAUAGGUAGAGUGUCUUUUGGAGCUUUCUUAGAUGUUGCCUUUAUCACGACUGUGACCUUCCUGUGGAAAGUGUCAGCUAUCACUGUUGUAAGCUGUCUUCCACUUUACAUUCUCAAGUACUUGAAGCGUAAAUUUUCUCCUCCAAGUUACUCCAAGCUUACCUUGUAAAAGUGACUGUAUUCCUACAGUUUUUUUCACCCAUGCCACUCUGAGAAUUACUUAAGGUCACAAACUGUGCUUCAAGUGACAAUGUAUUUGGGUUGGGCUAAAGAAAGAAAAACUAAAAGAAAUGGAGUAAACAGAGCACAAAAAGGAGGAGGGUAACAUAGAGAACUACACUUUACUGAUAAUAUCAUCAAGAGUAAAAUAAACUUCAUUUUCUUCACAUUGAUUUUUUUACUUUUUUUUCAAUUGCUACAAGUAAAAAAUAAAGUGAAUUUACAUUUGAGUUGACAGUGCUUCUGAAUGAUAUGAUGGCUACUGUAAAGGAUUUUUUUCCUACUGCACUGUUCUCCUGCAAGUUGAACUGAAAGCUUAUUUAAUAGUAAAUAAUUUCCUAAAAGAUUCAAAUUAUUUCCUUGUUGCUUCUCUAUAGGAAUAUUCAUUCCCACUUACAUACAGUAUAAAAAAACCUAGAUAAUGUAAAUGCCAUUGUCCGUAUUUGCUGCUAUAUAUUACUCAUCCUCAAACAUUGAUAAUAUGCACUAUUUGAAUGAUGUACAGAUGUCUGCAUAGAACAGUAUUACUUUAGGAGCUGUUGUCCUCUUUUCUGUACUCUCCAUUCCUAGCACCAGUAAAUAUUAACAGAUACGUGUAUUCCAUUACAUUGACCGCUGUUCUUUAAAUGCACAUGGAAGCCAAGUUGCACAAAAUCUGUAAAAAAAAAAAAAAAAAAAAAAAAAAAUCUGUACAUAAUUCCAUUGCACCUACUGAAUUGUACAGAACAUCAGACAUUGCUGUUCAGUAAAUAUGUUUUAAAAGUUUCUAUCCAGUUUGUAUAUGUAAAAUUGCAACUAGAUUGUGUCAAGGUACAUUUCUAUAUAUCAAAAGUCCAGUAAACAUUGUAUUAGCUAAUAUGUUUAAAUUGCCUUGUAAUCUGUUUACUUAAGUUACUCAGGUAAAAAGAAAGAAGAUUAACAAUUUAAUGUUACAGUAGGAAAAUCCAUCAUCUUCCAGCAGGCAUCUUUUAUGUGUUUUAUGAACCAGAUUGUUGGAUACAAAACUUGUAAAAAAAAAAAAAAAAAAAAAAAACAGAGGCGCAGAUCCUCAGCUGCUGUAAAUUAAAAUAGUCCCAUCAACUUCAGCAGAGCUGUGGCACUUUACAUCAGCUGAGGCUCUGCCCCAGAAAGUGAUAUUCUCUAAGAUGAUACAAUCUGAGGGGUCUAAAUUUUAUGUACUGUAUUGGGAUACUGCGUAUGUUAUUUUUAUUUCCCGUUGUGUAUAAAUUUGCUUUUUCAAGAAAUGUGUAACAGAUUAUUUGGCAUAGUCUUUCACCACUGAAGGAGAAAUCAUAGCUAAUCCAUGCUUCUUUGUUAAUGAGAUUUAUUUGUACAUUUUUUUAAAAUACCUUAUAUGGAUCUCAUUUUAUCAUAGAUGUUUUGUUUGACCAUAUGUCUUUUCUACAUAAAUCCUUUAGUGUCUGAUAAUGUGCCCCUUAAGUAUAUAAUUAUUAUAUUGUAUGAGUGAAACUUUUGAGAUGGUAAAUAACCUAACCACUUCCAGGAAAUGAGACUGUUGCAGAGCUAUUUGGACUGCCCUUCACUCCAUUUGGUUUGUUUUUUGAUGGGUUUUUUUCAUAAUAGCUAUUAUCUGCUUUUUAUUUUUUAAAAUUUUCAUUCUUCAUUAUAAAAGCAAUAAAGCCUAAUUUCUACCAAA